AUGGACAACCCGUACAACAUCACCUCUUACCUGGAGAUUGACUUUGAACUGGCCUAUGAAGGCGUCGCCACCACCUUCCUGUUGGCGGCUCUGAACUACAUGGUCAUACUGUUCUGUAACGUCACGCUCAUCCUCACCAUCGUGCUCAACAGAUCUCUGCACCAGCCCAUGCACCUGAUUCUGCUCAGCCUGCCUAUCAACGACCUCAUCGGCACGACGGCGCUCUUCCCGCAGGUCCUGAAAGAGAUCCUGACCGACAGCAAGAAGAUCCACUACGCCGCGUGUAUCACCCAAGCGUUCUUUAUCCACAUCUACGCGGGCGGGACCGUGUUUAUUCUCACCGCCAUGGCCUACGACAGGUACAUCGCCAUAUGUCACCCUCUGAGGUACAACACCGUGAUGACCAACGCUCACGUCAUGAAGGUCAUCAGCAUCACGUGGAUGGCGACGGUGGUCGUGAUCGCCGUGCUUUUCUUCCUGCUGCUGCGUUUGCCGCGCUGUCGCUCUGUGCUGACUCAACCAUACUGCGACAACCCGUCUCUGCUGACUCUGGUCUGUGCCGACACCAGCAUCAACAACAUUUACGGCCUCUUCUUAGUGGCUUUCACGCAGGUGGUGGCCAACGCCACGGUCCUGUACACGUAUCUCCGGAUCCUGAUCAUGUGCUACAAGUCCAAGCGGUCGGACACGAAAGCCAAAGCGUUGCAGACGUGUGCCACGCACCUCAUCGUCUUCCUCCUGCUGGAGUGUCUGGGCCUCUUCACCAUCAUAUCCUACAGAAUAAAGAACGUCUCGCCGUAUUUGAGGCGAUUCAUAGGGCUGUCAACUUUGAUUUUCCCGCCAACGCUGAACCCAAUCAUCUAUGGACUGAAAACUAAAGAAAUCAGAGAAAAGCUGGUGUAUGUUCUGAGGCACAAGCUCUGUUUUCCACUCGUCGGUGCCUUUCGUGCCAGAAACUGAGACUUAUUUUCUUGUUACCUUGUAGAUACGAGUGGGAUAUUUGACCUGUCGUGAGCUAAUGAGGAGAAAUUCUUAAAUUUAAUGAAUAAAUUGAAAAAAAUAAUUAUUUAUCUUUUCUUUCUGUAAGAACACAUGAUGGAGCAACAUGUUGCUCAGCUACAGAGAAAAGUGUGAUGUGGGGUGUAAACCAAGAUUUAGGACUCGUUGAUCUCAUAAAGAAUAAUUAUCAAGUAGAAUCUGAGAAUUUAAAUGUUUCUGUGCUCAGUUACAUACAGUAACGUCAUCCCAGAGGAAUACUUGAGGUGUGAACUUGAUAAAAUUGACAAUGAGAU